GCUUCUGGAGCCCGUUCUCCGCGUUCCUCGGGGCGGGUCCUCGGGGGCGUUGUCUGGGGCGGAACUAAAUGCGGAUGGAAGAACCUCUUCGCACUACCUGCCAGCUGCUGCACUUAAGCCACCGACCUUCAUCUACCGAAGUCAUGUUACCCAAUACAGGGAAGCUAGCAGGAGCUACAGUUUUUAUCACAGGGGCAAGCCGUGGCAUUGGCAAAGCUAUUGCAUUGAAAGCAGCAAAGGAUGGAGCAAAUAUUGUCAUUGCUGCGAAGACCAGUCAUGCACAUCCCAAACUUCCAGGCACUAUCUAUACUGCUGCUGAAGAAAUCGAAGCUGCUGGAGGAAAGGCCUUACCGUGUAUUGUUGAUGUGAGAGAUGAACAGCAAAUCAGUGAUGCAGUGGAGAAUGCAGUCAAGAAAUUUGGAGGAAUUGAUAUCUUGGUGAAUAAUGCCAGUGCUAUUAGCUUGACCAAUACUUUGGACACACCUAUGAAGAAGGUGGAUUUGAUGAUGAGUGUCAACACCAGAGGCACCUACCUUACGUCUAAAGUAUGUAUUCCUUAUUUGAAAAAAAGUAAAAUUGCUCAUAUCCUCAAUCUCAGUCCACCACUGAACCUAAAUCCACUGUGGUUCAAACAGCACUGUGCCUAUACCAUUGCUAAGUAUGGUAUGUCUAUGUGUGUGCUUGGAAUGGCAGAAGAAUUUAAAGGUGAAGUUGCAGUCAACGCAUUAUGGCCUAAAACAGCCAUACACACCGCCGCCAUGGAUAUGCUGGGAGGAUCAGGUAUUGAAAGCCAGUGUCGAAAAGUUGACAUCAUCGCAGAUGCUGCAUAUUCCAUUUUCAAAAAGCCUAAAACUUUUACUGGCAACUUUAUCAUUGAUGAAAAUAUCUUAAAAGAAGAAGGAAUAAAAAAUUUUGACGCCUAUGCAAUUAAACCAGGCCACCCUUUGUUACCAGAUUUCUUCUUAGAUGAAUUCCCAGAUACAAUUACCCAGAAAAUGGAAUCCCAUGGUGCUGCUCCACAGUUGAAAGAAGAAAAGCCGCAGUCACCAUCAAAACCACGUUCUAGAGCUGUGGAAGAAACAUUUAGAGUUGUUAAGAACUCUCUCAGUGAUGACAUUGUUAAAGCCACUCAAGCAGUCUAUCAGUUUGAACUCUCAGGUGAGGAUGGCGGAACGUGGUUUCUUGAUCUUAAAAACAAGAGCGGGAAUGCUGGAUAUGGAGAGCCAUCUGGUCAGGCAGAUGUGGUGAUGAAUAUGUCUACUGAGGAUUUUGUAAAAAUGUUUUCAGGGUCACUAAAACCAACAAUGGCAUUCAUGUCGGGAAAACUGAAGAUUAAAGGAAACAUGGCGCUAGCCAUCAAAUUGGAGAAGCUAAUGACUCAGAUGCAUGCCAAGCUGUGACGGAAAAGAAAAAAUAUGUCGAUCUCUAAGCUCAAAAAGUAAAAGGGCUCAACAGUUAAAAUCGGAUGUUUGUUUUAUUCCCUGUUGUAUUUAUUCCCUGCAAUUUUAUUCUGGAAAAAAGAAUUUAUGUAUUUGUAAGACUUGAAAUUAUAAUUAAAAUAGCUAGCUAAUCAAACAUAAGCUUCAUUAAGUAAAAUUCAAAGACAUUCUGCUUUUUAUGUUUUGUGAGUUUUGCCCUCUGAGCGCUAUAAACCAUUUGCCUUAUUCUAGGAGAAGUAUUAUGAGCAACCAAUCAAGGUCACACAGUAAAGUAACAGCUCUAAAAAUCUUCCCAUGUAAAAUAUGGUUAGUUCUAAACUUUUUAAUUUGGAGUUGUAUACCAAUGAAAAUCUUAAUGACAUUUUGCAUUUUUAUAUACUUUAAAUAUAUGUCUGCAAUAAAUUUUUCUAGGAAUCAUGUCAUAAACUACUUAUAAAUACUAUUUUGUAGACUAAUGAAACAAAAUCAGAUUUUUCAUUUUGUUAACUAGCUUUCCUGUAAGUCAUCUACAGGAAAAUAUUAUUAUAACUCAACUAAUAUGUAUGCUAUUUAAAUUAUGUAAAAAUGUCCUAAAAUAAAAUAAUUUCUUCCCCAGAAGUAUGCACUUGGUAACAGUGCUUUGAAGUGAAAACAUUAGAAUAGAUGGUCGUUAAAGGCUUAAUUGUCUGCCUCCCAAUUUUUCUACUGAUGUUCUAAUUCUUAGUACCUCAGGAUGUGACUGUAUCUGGAGCUAAAGCCUUAAAAAAAACAAUGAUUAAAUUAAAAGGAGGCUUUUAGGGUGGGCUGAUGUCAUUAUAAGAAGAGGAAAUUUGGGCACAAAAGAGAGACAGGAUGCACACGCGGAGCAAAGCCCACGUGAGGACACGAGAGGAGGGACAUCUGCGAGUCCAGGAGGGAGGCCUCCGAAGAAACCAAAUCUCCUGACACCUUGAUCUUAGACUUCUCCAGAACUGAAAGAGAUUGUUGUUGCUUUAGCCACCCCGUCUGUGGUAUUCUGUUCUGGCAGCCCUAGCAGACUCAUACAAUGGUUGGUUUGUUUGUCUUUUUAAAAAAAGCUAAACUUAAAAAAAAUGCCCUUUCAUUUUAAUCAGUUAAAAAUACUUGCUGAGUAUAAUACUUUUACUUUUUUUAUACUUACUCAUAUUAUUGUGCUAUUAAGCAAAUUAACUAAUUCCUGCAUUUCAUAUAGAAUCGUAAUGUCAGGGGAUUUAGUAUGUAUUUUAUAAAUGGGGAAACAGAGGGUCAGAGAUGGGGAAGGACUAGCCCGAUGCCAAAAUUAACAAGCCCUGGCCAACAAAAACUUCCCAAUACAUUAGCCUUGAACAGAACUUGAAGGCCCCACCUUCUACUCCUUGCAGCCCAGAUGGAGUGACUUUGAGUGGUGGCCUUACAACACCCUUGGCAUGUCCCAUUUCUAGUUCCAAAAGGAUCCCGUUCACGAGGGAUGUCAACUGCCUCCUUUUCUAUUGAAGUCUAAAAACUUCUCUACUUUCUCUGCAUUCUCCAUAUGGUCACAAAGCUUUGGGAAUAUAAAAAGUAGGAAAUAUUGUGGGUCAGGAAUUCUGGUUUCUGGUCACUAAAACACAUGAACUUGCUAAUAAAAAGUCUUUAAGAUAUUGAAACUUCACAAGAGCCUUGGUUUUCACAUUAAUAAUUGAGGGAGUUAGAUGAGGUUAUCUGCAGCCCCUUUGCACUUAUUACGAGGAAAGUCUGAGCAAUCUGCAGUCUUCCAUCAGAAGUGAAGGUAGUCAAAUCCAUAUUCCAGAAGAAAUCUACAUUUCUUCAAUAAAUGUCUUUUAUUUUACA